CACAAAGCCCUGCCCGGAGCGGGCGGAGCCGGCGCCGCGCUCAGCGGUGCGGCGCGCCGGGACCGCGCCGGGAGCGCAGCGCCAUCGCCGCGCCGGGAGCCGCCGCCGCCGCAGCGCCGGCGGGGCCGCCAUGUGAGGGGCCAUGGCCGCGGGGCAUGGCCGCGCCGCCGCGGGGCUCGCCGAGGAGGCAGCGGCGGGGCGGGCGCCGGCGGCGGCCGCGGGCUCUGAGCGCCGCCGAUGAAAAUGGAGCCGCGUCCCCCGGCGGCGCUGCCCCCCCCGCGGGGGGAGCCGCCGCCGCCGCCGCCGCCGGGCCUGCCGCCGCCUGAGGCGGCCGGGGCGCCGCCGUGGGGGCCCGCGGAGGAGGGCGGCAGCCCCGAGCCGCCGGCGCUGCGGGAGGACGAGCCCCGCCUGCGCGCCGUCUUCGACGCCCUCGACCGCGACGGCGACGGCUUCGUGCGGGUGGAGGAGUUCGUGCACUUCGCCACGGCCUACGGCGCCGAGCAGGUAAAGGACCUAACGAAGUACCUCGACCCGAGUGGACUUGGAGUCAUCAGCUUUGAAGACUUCCAUCGAGGGAUCAGAGCUAUCAAAAAUGGAGAUCCUGACAGCCAAUUGUAUGAUAUGGGAUAUACCCCUGAGGAGGAAGCCUCGGCCUGUCCUGAUGAGUUUGAUGACUUUGUCACGUUUGAGGCAAAUGAGGUGACUGACAGCGCGUACAUGGGCUCAGAGAGCACGUACAGCGAGUGUGAAACCUUCACGGAUGAAGACACCAGCACCCUAGUACAUCACGAGAUGCACGACGAAGUCGAAACGGACAGUGCCAUCGAUUCCACGGUGCAUUCGGAGUUCACGGACCCUAUCGAGGAGCCCGAGCAUGGGUCCCAUCCGCACGACCUCCCCCUGGGCUCCGACCUCAGCCACUCCAUCGUUACGAUAAUUAGCGGAGAGGAGCACUUUGAGGAUUAUGGAGAAGGGAAUGAAGCGGAUUUGUUCUCGGACAGCUUGUGUAAUGGGGAAAGCAGCUUUAACAGCUCCUCUUUCCUCUCUCCCAGCACCAAUCCGCUCGCUGCGAAACUGCACAGCAUUAUCGCAGAUGAAGCAUUUGAGUUUUACUGUAGCCAGUGCCACAAACAAAUCAACCGCCUUGAGGAUCUUUCUGCUCGCCUGAAUGAUCUUGAAAUGAAUAGUCCAAAUAAAAGACUCUCAAGCAAGAAGGUAGCAAGACAGUUGCAUCAGACAGGCACGCUCUCCGUGGGUGUGAUGGAGGAGUCUUACCGGGAUACUCUGGAUUGUACAGAAGAGGACAUCACGGACAAGGUUGUCUUCUUGGAGAAGAGGGUGACCGAGCUGGAGAAGGACACGGCUGCCAACGGCGAGCAGCACAGCCGGCUGAAGCAGGAGAACCUGCAGCUCGUGCACAGAGCAAAUGCUCUCGAGGAGCAGCUGAAGGAGCAGGAGCUACGAGCUGACCAAGCACUCCUGGAGGAGAUCAAGAAGCAGAGGGAGCUGCUGAGCAAAAUGGAGAGAGAGAAGAGCAUUGAGAUUGAGAACCUGCAGGCCAGGCUGCAGCAACUGGAUGAUGAGAACAGCGAGCUGAGAUCCUGUGUCCCUUGUUUAAAAGCCAACAUUGAGAGACUUGAGGAGGAGAAGCAGAAGUUGCUGGAUGAGAUCGAAGACCUCACCGUCCAGCUCACAGAGGAGCAGGAGAACAAGAGGAAGAUGGGGGACAAGCUGAAUCAGGAGAGACACCAGUUUCAGAAGGAGAAGGAGUCUACGCAGGAGCUCAUCGAGGACCUCAGGAAGCAGCUCGAGCACUUGCAGCUCUUCAAACUGGAAGCUGAGCAGCGAAGGGGCAGGAGCAGCAGCAUGGGGCUCCAGGAGUACAACAGCAGGACGCGGGAGACGGAGCUGGAGCAGGAGAUCAAGCAGCUCAAGCAGGAUAACAGGAACCUGAAGGAGCAGAAUGAUGAACUGAAUGGGCAGAUCAUUAACUUGAGCAUCCAGGGAGCCAAGAACCUCUUCUCAGCCUCCUUCUCAGAGUCCUUGGCUGCAGAGAUCAGCUCCGUCUCCAGAGACGAGCUCAUGGAAGCAAUUCAAAAGCAAGAGGAGAUCAACUUCCGCCUGCAGGAUUACAUCGAUAGGAUCAUCGUGGCCAUCAUGGAGACAAACCCCUCCAUCCUGGAAGUGAAGUAAGGGCGGCCAAGAGCCGUGGGUUGCGCGCUCUUCUUUGGGUUUGGAUUUGGUGCUCUGAGAGGAAAAAGGACUCGAAAGGUCUUUGCUCUUGAUGAAGGCACAAGGAAGCAUCACGUCAGAUUGAUAGGUCAAUUGUCCAGUGGACCAGGGAAAAAGAAAAACAGCAGCAUCGCUUUGUUGUCUGACUCUGUUAUUUUGAAACCCUUCUGCCUUUGGAGGGUGAAAGGGAACCUGGAGAAGAAACACAGGCAACGGACAGCGGAGGAAGGACCUGUAUUGUCCCCGCUACCAGUGAAGCUGGCAAGUGGCUGCGCACGGGAACUGUCCCUGCUGCGAGUGUCAGAGCCUCUGCUGCGCGGGGCGUGGACAGGAGCUUGCCGACGCCAGGGCUGUAAGCAGAGGGUUUCUCUGAACCGUAGGAUAAAGGGAUGGAGAAGGAAGUGGUGGAGCUGACGUUUUCCCUUGCUGCCCUGUCCAGCCCAAGUAUCUGCUUUGCCAAAGUGUCCGUGACACACUCACUCACUGGGGCAGACCUAGCAAAGAGGGAAACAUGUCCCGGACUUGUAGAAUUUUUUUUAUUAACUUAAUGCGAGUUUGUUCAUCCAGCUGGCACAGUUGAUGCUUGCCCUGCUGCUUUUGCUUGGGAAGGGGGUUGCGUGCAGAGAGCUAGCUGGCUUCUCUCUCGCUCGCUGGUGGAAGGAAGAGGCAGGGGAGCGGCCUUCUGGGACAGGGCGUCAGUGCAGUUUGUCACCUGUCUCCUUAUUUAUUUUUGCUGUCUGUGGCUCACUACCCUCGGCACACCUUUGCGGUCACAGCUCUGCUGGGCGGUUUGGCAGAGCGGCAAGCAGCUCUCCUCCCCGCUCGCAGCUCCCCUGCUGUCUGUCGUACAGGUCCCCCAAGGGGCCCGUGCGCUAUCCGUUGAGCCGGGGGACCUGGCUUGAGCUUGCAAGGCAGCAGCUUUGGGGGGCAGAUGUGCCCCUCUGCCCCAGCCGUAGACACACCGGUGCUGUCUUUCCAGCCUGCAGGGACUGGAGGAAAGGCUGUGACUCUUCAACUUGCACUGGAGGCUGGUCCUGGCCAGCUCUCCCCACCCCACCCCACCUUGGCUGGUCCAGCCUGGCGGUACCCAGCGCCUGGGCACGCGGUGUCCGAGGGCAGUCAAGGCCAGGCCUGGCCGCCCGCACCGAGCAGAGAGGGCUGCCGCUUUCCGCGUUGCCUCCCGGGGCCGGCCGGCGGCCGCUGUGGCCCUGCGUUGGCCCCGCAGCCUGGGGACGGCGUCGCGUGGCCGGCGGGGCACCGGCUCGGAGCAGGGCUCUGCUGGUGAUAGCUGUAGCCCUGGAGGGAGAGCCCGCUCCAGCCUCCCCGCCUUGCUCUCGCCUCUGCCGGGGAAGGGCAUGGAGCAGCUGCUCCGGUUUCCCGGCCCGCGGAGCCUGCCUGGGCCGAGAUCCCCAUGCCGUGGGGAGAGGAGGCCGCUGACCAGAGGAUAAAAACCAGCUCCCUGGGAAACAAAAGCCAUGUUUACAUCAGACAGCUUUCGGCUUGCUGGCACAAGCAGGCCUCGCGCAGCGCCCCGCGGGGAGCACGGGAGCAGCUAGUUAAACAACCUGCUUCCCUCCGACUUCCAAGAGAGGACGGAGGCCAGCAAACUCCCAAAGGUCUGGCUUCACUUAGUGUAUUCAGCCCCCAGAAGUGGUUGGUUUUCCUGCUUGUCACAUUUUGGAAAUGCCAGGAUGGCCUGAAAAUAGAAGGCACAAGGAACUGGCUCUUGGCUGCUGGCUGGGGGGGGUAUUUUCUUGUCCCCCAAAUGCUUCCAAGCAUGGCUGUGUUGAGCACGCAACAGAUUUCUUUCCGAGCCGGAGCGCUGGUAAAUCAGCCAGCUUGCUUUUCUCCUGAAGGGUGCCGCUAGCCGGGAGGGAUGGCAGAUGCCGCAGCCAUAGUCUGCGCUGCGUCCCCGGCGGCUCGCUGCUCCGCAGGUGACGUCCCCUGUGCCAGGGCCCCGGGGGAGUCGGCCCAGGAGUCCGCUGAGCGCCUGUUGCGAUGGCUCCCUGCCCCACGCUCCUCCCCAAACCCGGCUAGCCCGGGCGCUCGCUUGCCGUGGCCUCGCGCGAGGCAGAGCUGUGCAGAUGCAGCAGGGAGCCGGCGCCGCUCGGCCGGGUCGGCACGGCGCAGACCUCCCCUCUCCGCACAGCGCCGGCCUCUCUCCGAGGCUCGCUGCCGAGCUCCUCCAGGCAAAAACGCGGGCGGAGGGAGCGCCUGCCAGACGGAGCGCGGAGGAGCAAGGCCGCGGGCUCACGGCUCGCGCGGAAGGGCGGGUCGGUCGCCCUCGGUCGGGGCGAUGUGCUGCUAACGCCUUCCUCUGCCCCGCUGCAGCGCGGCCCCGAGCCGCAAGCUCUCCGCAGCCUGCAGCGAGCUGUGCCCCGGCGCCCGCUCCCCUCCCUGCCCGAGGCUGCGGGAAGAAGCCACGUAAUGUACAUUUCCAGAGAAGCUUUGGGUGUAAAUCAGUGUAUACUUGGAGAGGGAAAUUUUUCUAUCUUGUAGAGUAGGUAUUUUUAUAGAAUGAAGGUUGAUCAUUUUUUUAAUACUUUAAAGAAGAGAGAAAUGUAUCUGUGUAUACACAAAAGCAUAUAUAUAUAUAUAUGUAUAAAUAUAUAAAUAUCGGAGAUUUGCCUUUCUCAACUCGGGAUCAUGGAUCCCCAGUUAAAACAAUCGUCUUUUUUCCUGUCGCUCACAAAGAGGUACUGUAACUGUAAAUAAGCACCGGGAAAAAGUUUUAAGCAAACAAAGCACUGACUUGCACAUUCACCAUGCUUUAAAGUCCCUAUGGAAAAAACUGUACUUCCCGAAAAUGUUCCUCUUUCCCUACUGGUAUGUGAAGGAAGUCCCAACCAAGAGGCAAAAACAGUAUUGUCUUAAAUGAUGUAUCAAUUCUUGUCAGAUUAAAAGCUGUUACUAUUCCUG